UCCCAAUUUCUUGCAAAAUGUUAGAGCUACCAUUCAACAUGGCACUUCGGUUCCCCAAUUUGGAUUUCAAGUUUUUACCCUUUGGUGAGAAUCUCAACCCUGAAUUGCUAGGUGGUGUAGUUGCUCUUGUCGCCGUUGGCUUCUCAGCUGCUUAUCUUUACUAUCGCACAAAAAACCCCAAAGGAUGCUUGGACCCCAACAAUUUCAAAGAAUUUAAACUCAUAAAGAAGACUCCACUCAGCCACAACGUUGCACGAUUCAGAUUUGCCCUUCCUACUCCUUCAUCAGUAUUGGGUCUUCCCGUUGGAAAAAACAUACUUGCUAGGGGAAAAGAUAGCCAAGGAGAGGAAGUAUUGAGAUCAUAUACUCCAAUCACAUUAGAUUCAGAUAUUGGCUACUUUGAAUUGGUUGUGAAGAUGUACCCAAAUGGAAAGAUGUCCCACCAUUUUAGACAAAUGAAGGAAGGUGAUUACUUGGCCGUGAAGGGCCCCAAGGGACGUUUCAGUUACAAACCUGGCCAAGUUAGGGCAUUUGGAAUGCUUGCUGGAGGUUCAGGCAUAACUCCAAUGUUUCAGCUCAUAAGAGCCAUUCUGGAAAACCCGAAGGACAAAACAAAGGUGCACCUCGUUUACGCCAAUGUAACAGUGGACGACAUUCUGCUAAAGCCUCCUAGAGAAUGGAAUGGUGGCAUUGGUUUUAUAUCGAAGGAGAUUAUUAAAUCACAUUGUCCUGAACCAGCUCCAGAUAUUCAGAUACUUAGGUGCGGUCCACCACCAAUGAAUAAGGCAAUGGCUACUCACCUUGACGCACUUGGCUACACAUCAAAGAUGCAGUUCGAGUUCUAAUGCUUCAAUUCUAAUUCCUGUAAUUCUUGCAACACCAUUCAUCGCUUGUAUCAUACAUGUGUGUUAAACAAAUUAAUUUCAUCAUGAUUCAUUUCAUAAUUGAUGGAAGUGACGUGAAUGCUAUUGUGAUCUUAUUGUUUCAUUCCACGUGCCGAAUAGGCAAAUUUACAUAAUAAUAUGCCAAAUGAAACAUUAAUAAAAAUGUUCUUUUUUA